AUGGUUACGUCGCACAAAGCGAUUGUUUUGAAUCCUAAGACUAGCCCACAAUCUCCUGGUAAACACCACCAUGUCAUCUACCUGUCCGAUUCUGACUCCGAUGUUGAAAGUGCACACCCUAGGCAGGGCGUCCGAUUCGCAACAGAUACUCCAAUGUAUAGAGAAGUCACCCCAUCAGCCACUUCUUCACGGCACCCUGGUAGUAUUCAGAAUGCAGGGUAUCAAUAUACUCCACUGUGUGUAAUAAAUGUCACCCCCAAACCCGAAUCUGAAAAGGAAAAUCAAAGUGAACAAAAACAGAAGGUAAGAAGAGACACACCUAGGCCUCGAAAAACUCUAAAUCACCCUCCAAGAGCCCCCGCCAACCUCAAGAGCUUGAAGUUACCAAUAAUCGACAUAGUAGAUGAGGAUGGAGAAAGGAGACAUCGAAGUCAGAAAGACGGAUCAGAGAAUGUGACUCAAAGUGACAAUUGUGUACAUGAGGCACUGGUUAUACCGGGAUUUGUCGCAACCAAAACAGAUGGGAACCAACUUCCCAAAGAGACAGAAUCCGAACUACCGGAGCCACGAGGUGACGCUUUGCCCAUGGCACAGCCACCUAAUACAUCUUUACCCCUUACGCCCACCAUCAUCCAUACUCCUCUUCUCAAUCGUGAUGCUCCCCCCCAUCUACCUCCCAAAUCAAGCGUCAAAAUUCAAGAUGCAGCUUCUGAAGAGGAAGAAGAAGGAAACAGAAGUGAAGAGCGUAUGAGGAAAUGGAAAGAGAAAGAAAAAUGGAAACAAGGUGCGUCCCCAAUACGACCAGCUCACUUCGAUGAAGUACCAAGUUGGAGAAGGCGUUUGGGUGUGGCCAACUCCAGAGGAGAUGUUUCACACUGGGCGUUUCAACCAACUCAAGAAUUGCAACAGGUGAUUCAACAGGCUAACAAAUCAGUUUCUAUUCCUCCCCAACCCUUCACUCUCCAGCUCUAG